AUGCCACUACCAGGAACCCCCUAUCGCCCGCGUCUCGAUCGUGAGCGCGCCAGAGCAACUCGUGCGCCAGAGGGCGACACAAACGAGUUUCGCAUGCCCACGCUCCCCCCUCUUCCCAACACUCCAAGCGCCCACCGCCAGUAUACAUACGGAGCCGGCGCGGAACCCGCGCCCGCAAGGCCCGCCCAUCGCGGCGCCGUUGUCGACCUGAGCAGAGCAGUUCGGGGAGCUCUCAGCAGACACGAGGAGCGACGAGCGGCAGACGAGCGGCGACAGUCAAAUCAGGACUUGUUUCUUCUGGAGGCUGACCGUUCUGAUCAUGACAAAGACCAAGCAAGCCGACAAGCCGCUGACCAGCUUGCAAUGCCGCCGCCCUCGUUCACGCCUCUGCAGAAGUCAGCAUCAAAAACUGCCGUGUCCACAGCCCCGGCAGAGCAAGAGGAUGACGGCAGCGAUAUACAUGACGGGAGCGAUACAGAUGAUGCGCGCAGUUUCCUAGAAGAAGGCGACUUCUAUGGCGAGGCCGCGAUAGCAUUGACUUCAGGCAAUGCACCAGCCAUCGGAAGCCGUCAAAGGCAUAUUACAAGGUCGCAGAUUCGAAAUGCAGAGCAUCAAACUGCUGGUUCCCAAGAGCCGCCUUCCGAUACGCCAAGAGGGCCUCCCCCUUCGUCUAUUGCCGAAGACGAAGGGCUCAGUCCCCCAAACGUACAGGAUACACCCGGUCUGCGCAGCAAUCCCCGACGUGGGAAGCUGCCGAAUCCCUGGACGGCCGGCGUUGAAUCUCAACAACCAGGGCGGGCGGCGAGUUCUACCAGUAUCUUCCGCCCACCCCAGAAGAGCCCUACCCCGAACUCCAACGGCACACAAGUGUUCCCGGCAGCCCGAGAGAGGGCAACUGAAGAGAGCGGCUUUGCAGCUGGCAAGCGAUUUUCGCAACGGCCGGAGACCAGCCAACGAACACCAGUGCGUCCGCGAAGCGGAAACUCAGACCGCGGAACGGUCGAGCCGGAAGAAGAGACAGCAGUUCGCCCUAGUCUUUUCACCCAGGCCAAAGAAUAUGCGGUCGCGGCUAGCCCAUUCUCUACCCGCUCACACAAUGCGCCGAAUCAUAGCGCAAUGGACGAUGCCAUGCAGCGGGAGAUAGAGUCCAGCGAAAGUGACUCGGUAGACAGUGAGCAGCGUGGCUGGACAUGGAUGAGGCCCAUAACAUCAUUGCCCUAUAUCUGCCGCUACGCGCUGCGCGACCAAGAUGAUUUGCUUAUAGACGCUAUCGACUGGUGGCAGCUGCUGAAUCCGUACACCUACUUCGAGGCUCUAUGCUGGGGACUCAGUUCUGUAUACUCCUCCGUGCUGGAAUGGCUCCAGAGGCUGUUUACACAAACGGUCAUCGAUGGUCUCUUCUCUUCGUUGGAAAUGGUGCUCUAUUUCGUCGCUGCAGUUAUUGCGCUUAUCACCUUGCUGGACAAUGACGGCUUUGCCCGCUUGGACGAGUACUUGCGACAGUACCAACGCGAAUUUGAGCGUGUCCAACAAGCAGGGAAGCUGCAUGAGAGUUCGCUGAAGAAACUAGAAGCAGUUGUACCAAAAUUGGUACAUAUUCAACUGGAAGACGGCAAGCCGGUGGUCGCGCAAGAAUUCUGGCAUGCGCUGAGAGAUCUCAUCCAUCGCGAUGGUGACUUCCUUACUCUCGAACAAAAGGGAAGCAGGUACGAGAUCGCAUCGGGAGCGCACUGGCAAGCUAUUGCGGAGCGCAUGGCUGGUGAUCCGGUGUUGACAGGGCAAAUCAACGCCACUGUGCAGAACAUGGAGCUUCGCGUGAAGCAAGGUGUGAUAGGGUUCUGGGAAGAUUGGAUCCAGAACAACCAGGCCAAAAUCAUCACGAUGCUUGGGGCGGCGAUCAACCAGAUCAAUAGCGCCGGGACUCAGAAAGAGUUCGAGAAGCAGUUGCAGCGCAUCGUCAAGCAGCACAUUGACGAGAGCAAUAAAAGCUCCACUGUCAUCUCCCGAGAAGAAUUUCUGAGCCAUAUCAAGAGUGAAUUCGCCACACACCGAGCAGAGGUCCACGCGGAAUUCGCAGAGCUUCAGCCUCAGCUGGAGAACCUAGUCCGUGAGGCUGUCGAGCUCGCCGGCAAAGGCGUCCCGGAAAGCAUGAGAAGGGCAGAAAUGGUCACGCUCGUGCACGGCAUGGUCAGCAAGGCCGUUGCAGACCUGAAUCUGGAUGCCAUGGCGCGCGGCCAAAUCCACUCGCAUUGGGACAGCGUCUUGCGACACCAGAUUAAUUACUUUGGUGUCGGUUCUGGAGCGACAAUCGACGUCCAGCACAGCUCAGCGACGUUCGAACCGCCCGCAAACUCGCUGUACGUGAAGCAGAAGGGUCUCCGAGGUGUCCAGACGCCCAUCGUGCGAGCGGCCCUCGAGCCGUGGUCUGACGAAGGGGACUGCUGGUGCGCGGCACGCUCCCAGAACCGCAGGGGCAACCCGCACGGCGCCAUCCUGGCCGUGCAUCUCGGCUACCGCAUCGUGCCACGGCACGUCGUGGUCGAGCACAUCGUCGCCGCCGCCACGACAGAUCCGGACGCCCGACCCAAGGAGAUCGAGGUCUACGCCGACGUCGAUCCGGACCUCCGCGAGCUCGUCAGGGACUUUUCGGCGACGCACUUUCCGGACAUCUACCCCUUGGAUGACUGGGGACAGCAGCAGCAGGAGGGCUGGAACGUCAGCCCCGCGGAGCUUCCGAAGCGAUUCGUCAAGAUUGGCCAGUUCGUGUACGAGGACGUCCAGCUUCACGACGGCGUGCAGGUGCAUAGGCUGAGCGACGAGUUGCUCAACUUGGGCGUCGCGACGGACCAUGUGAUUGUCCGCGCUGUGAGCAACUACGGUGCCAAGGCACACACCUGCUUUUACCGUGUGCGCCUGUACGGGGAGCGCUUUUAA